AUGGCAUCCAAAGGCGCUAAUGAAAUAUCUUCGUGCUUAUACUAUUGUCUUAAUCAAAUAGAUUUGGUUGGGAAGAAGUUGAUAAGACUUGUGGCAGACGGUUGUGGCGGCCAAAACAAGAACACUAUACUAGUUGGAAUGGUUGCCAAAUGGUUGUAUGAUUCACAAGGUAUAGAACAAGUGGAAAUUGUCUUUCCCGUUACCAGGCAUAGUUUUAUUCCACCCAAUCGAGUAGUUGCCCUUACAGAGAAAACAAUAAGACGACUGGAAACUAUAAUUAGACCUGAAACCUACAUUGAUGUGAUGUCUUCUAAUGCUACCAUUCGACGCGCAGUUACAGACAUACCAAUUUUUGAUUGGAAGACAACGUGUAAAGAUGUGCUAAAAAGCACACAACAGUUACACUUUCAGAUUAGCAAAACCAAGCGAACUAUCAUAAAAAAGACAGAACAAGUCAAAUUAUUGGUCAGAGGUGAAAUCUGA